UUACCGUGGGCAACGGUUGCACGGCCAAUUGCGUGUCUCGAGAAACUAGCACCAAAUUCGUAUUUUUGUGCACGAGCUUCUUCUUCUUUGGGUAACGUUCAGGUAACGUUAGCGAACAUGAUGGAUGCACUGUCGGUGGUGAGUCAGCUCAGAGACUUGGCCUCCGAGCCGCAGAACCGAGCGGUCAUAGUCCAGGACCAGGGUUGUCUCCCCGGACUGGUUCUCUUCCUGGACCACAAGGACCCAGAAGUGGUGUUUGCUACUCUGCAGACUCUGCGUUACUUGGCUGAGUUGCCUCCCAACAUCCCCAUCAUGAAUAAUGAACUAGGUAUGAUGGUGAGCCUAGAAACUCUUAUGGGAAGGGAGGGCCUGUCAGCUGACAUCACAGCCUUGGCAGAGGAGGUGUAUAAUAUCCUGAGGGCACCUGUUAGUGUUGCACGGCGCACACCUGAGAGGGAGAGGAGAAAGAAGUCCCAGUUCUUCAUCAACUCCUCCAACAAGAAAGCCAAGAGCGUGACUCUGCACAUACAGGGCUUGGACAGCAUUGACCAAAGAGGUUUGUGUGAGGAGGCUCUUCUGAAGGUCAAAGGAGUGAUCAGCUUCACGUUCCAAAUGGCCUCCAAGAGAUGCACCGUUCGCAUCCGUUCAGACCUGUCCACUGAGAGUCUGGGAACAGCUAUCGCUGCAACCAAGGUGUUGUCAGCUCAACAAGUUGUGAAGAAUGAGACAGGAGAAGAGGUUUAUAUCCCUCUGAACUCUACCGGAGUGGAAGUGCCUCAAAACUCGGCUCUGCCUGAUUACCUCCCGGAGGAAGAGGAGAGCCCAGAGACCAAGUGUGAUCGAGCAAUUUCCCGCACCACAGCUAAAGAAGAUUCCAACGGGAGCUGGCUCAACGCCGCAGCCAGUUUCCUCACAAAAACCUUCUACUGGUGAAACUGGACGUUCUGGACACAGAGCCACAGAGCCGUGCUUUAAGACUGGCGUCGUCAUUGGCUGUAGUGAAAUGCUACAGGAGCACAUCGUGGCUUUCACUGUAUGCUCAGAACUUCAGUUUCAGCUACAUGUUAUUGUGAUUACACAUAAUCAACAUGUGUAUGAGACUGAAUUUAAAGCUCUGUUCCUCAUGUUGGAGUUAAAGCUACACACUUGGGAAAAUGUCCUUUUUCUUUUCACUAUCCUCAUUAAGUGUAAAUAUUUUUUCAAAUCUUUCUUUCAGUCUUUUCAAACUGUUCAUUUCCUCCUUACAUGUAGAAAUGUUAUUUUUCUCUCAAUGAGAAGUUGUUCUCUGUCCUUCUGUUUGUAGUUGUAAUGGUUUACGAUUAUAAUAAAUGUACAAAAUAUC